AUGGCCACCAAACUCCCAUACCACAAAGCCUUCGGCUUUGUAGUCGCCACACGGAUAGCAUCGAUAUUCUCAGUCGUAGGGUCCAGUAUCAUUGUCGCCACAUUCAUCGCCUUUCCCUUUUUCCGAAAACCAAUCAACCGCCUAGUCUUCUACGCCACGCUAGGCAAUAUUCUCACAAAUGUCGCAACACUAAUGUCGAACUCGGUGUUACCAGCGCCGGGUGAACCUGCAUCUGGCCUGUGUGAAUUUCAAGGUCUUCUCAUCCAAUGGUUCAUGGUCGCCGAUUCCUUCUGGGUUCUUUGCAUGGCCUUAAACGUCUUCCUCGUCUUCUUUUACGGCUAUGGCGCGCAGCAGCUACGCCAUUUGGAAAAAUGGUAUUUUGCUUUUAACUACGGUAUCCCGUGUAUACCAGUCAUAGCUUAUGUUGUGCUUAGCCGAACUGGUCAUCCCGUUAUAGGUUCUGCGAUGCUAUGGUGCUGGGUAUCUGUUGAUGUUGAGUGGAUGCGCAUAGCAUUCUUCUAUGUUCCUGCGUGGGUCACCAUUUUGGCGGCUAUUACCAUUUACAGUGUGACGGGGUACCGAAUUUGGCAGAAGCAAGUCGAAUUGCGGUAUUUUUCUCGGGACUCGAAUCAAUUCGUAACAGUGCGGGAUCCGAGCGACGAAAGAGAAAGCGCCGGAGAUGUUUUGUCGGGAAGGAAUAACAUUGUUGUAACGACGCGGAUUGAGUGCGAUACCCAGCAGCAAAGUGAUGUGUUCAGGAGUGUCUCUCCGGAUCCAGAUUGCAUUUCGAUCAACUCCUUCUCGAGCACGCAGAGACUUUCCAGUAUUCGUAGACCCGAUGUGCUGGACGUGGAAGCGCAACUCAACUUCCACCACACCCCACCAUCACGAAGCAGUUACAGAGCAACAAUAAUCGCCACAAGCCCACCUCCAGAACCCAAGACUGUACCACCAACAGCGAUAUCGAAACCCCGUCCUCCAGCUAAAAGAACACCAGAGGGCCAUGCUGCAGCAAUGGCAUACUUCUACGUUGCCUUCCUCAUGUUCUUAGCGUUAUUCGUUGUCUGGCUGCCCAGCAGUAUAAACCGCAUGUACCAAUUCACGCACAAAGACCGGCCCAGUUUUGCUCUGAAUAUUCUUUCCGCGACGGUCCUGCCGCUUCAAGGUGCCUGGAACGCAAUCAUCUAUAUCUUCACCACAAGAGCAGAGUGCAGGCGUGCGCGGAGCAUGAUAGUUGAAAAGAUCACGGGCAGGUAUGCGCAAUAUCAACCAUGGAGAGAGGUGAGUGUCAAAGAGAUGAUCACGAGUUCGCAGGCGACACGGGAGUCGGCUGUGGAUGUUGAGUUGAGCGAUAUCCUUGGGCACAAUAGACAGGCACGCCAGAUCAAAUCGCCGAAAAACGAUCACAUGAAAGAUGAUGAUCGAUGUAGCAAACAGAUAUCGAGAUGA